GGGAGGGGUGGCGAAGCUGGGGGGGUUGCCCAGCUGCCAUCCCCGCCGCCUCCUGGCCCCCACUCUCUGGCGCCCAAGUAGGAGGGCGGCAGCUACCCGCUCCCUCCUCCCCAUACUCCCCUCCCCCGCUACCUGCCCAGUCCCCGAAACGAAGCGUGAGGAGGCUGCGAGCCGGUCAGGCGAGCCCACAACUUUGCAGCCUCGGGGAAGACCAGGGCCGGCGUCCGGGGUUCCUCCUGUGGCGACCAGAGCUCGGAAUGUAACCGAGGAUGCUGGCCCUGCGGCUGCUCAACGUGGUGGCCCCCGCCUAUUUCCUUUGCAUUUCCCUGGUGACCUUCGUACUGCAGCUCUUCCUCUUCCUGCCCAGCAUGCGUGAGGACCCCACAGCCACCACGCUCUUCUCGCCUGCCAUGCUUCACGGGGCGCUCUUCCUGUUCCUCUCAGCCAAUGCCCUGGGCAAUUACGUCCUGGUCAUCCAGAACUCCCCAGACGACCUGGGUGCCUGCCAGGAAACCUCGUCCCAGAGAUCUCAGUGCCCACCACCCAUCACUCACUUCUGCCGAGUGUGCUCCCGAGUCACGCUGAGGCACGACCAUCACUGUUUCUUCACCGGCAACUGCAUCGGCAGCAGGAACAUGCGCAACUUCAUCCUGUUCUGCCUCUACACCUCACUGGCCUGCCUUUACUCCAUGGUGGCUGGAGUGGCCUACAUCUCAGCGGUCCUUUCCGUCUCCUUCGCCCACCCUCUGGCCUUCCUCACGCUCCUGCCCACUUCAGUCAGCCAGUUCUUCUCUGGAGCUGUCCUCGGUUCUGACAUGUUCGUCAUCCUCAUGCUCUACCUGUGGUUUGCUGUGGGCCUGGCCUGCGCCGGUUUCUGCUGCCACCAGCUGCUGUUGAUCCUCCGGGGACAGACCCGCUACCAGGUUCGAAAGGGGAUGGCAGUGAGAGCACGGCCCUGGCGCAAGAAUUUACAGGAGGUCUUCGGAAAGAGGUGGCUGCUGGGCUUGCUGGUCCCCAUGUUCAAUGUCGGCACUGAGAGCUCGAAGCAGCAGGACAAAUAGCGAGCGGGCAAGCACUCCUGUCGUUUCUCUGUCUCAGUUCCUCCUGAACAUAAGACAACAGCACCCUUGUCUCCACCUGCGACAAACCACACCCUCUCCUAGGAAGGGCCUCAUAUCCACCCCAGGUCUUCAACCCUCAGAGGCUAUAGUAACAGGUGCAUCCUGACAUGGAGGGGAAAUGGCUACCUGAGCAUCAUUAGGAUGCUCAUGGUCCAGCCAGGUAGGUAGCUGCGAAAUUGUUAGGGUAUUUCUGCUUCCAGUUUUCUUCUAGGAAGCCCUGCCC